GGCCAGUAGUUUAUUCGCAGGUAGAAAACGAGCACCUAAAAGAGAAACACGACGACGGGGGAAGAGGAAGAAGAAGGAGACCAUCAGAUUGGACCGCCCUGCCGCAGCUACCAGAUUGGACCUCUUCGCCACCCAAAUUCAAGAUUUCCAGUCCUCAAAGUCUCCCUUCCACCUCUAAAUCCCACCUUAAUCCCCCCUCUCCACUCGUCUCCAAUCCAAGUUUCCAAAUUCCACCGCACACGGAGUUUUUUCCAACCUCCUCCGACUCCUGACCUCGCUGCAGUUCCACCUUCCAGCUCCCGACUCCCGUCCUUAAAUUAUCUCCAGCAUCUUAGUUAGUUGCAAGUCAAAAUCUUGCUGCUUUAGCGUUGCCGCGGUUGCUGCGAAGGAGGAGGAGGAGGGUAGGUGGUCCGUGCUCGCCGGCCGGCGAUGGACGAGGAAGCCAGAGGGCGGGGGGCGGUAAACCCGUACUGCCCCAACGCCGACAACCCCUACCACCGCUGCGCGGCCUACUGCCCCGUCGCCGCUCCCGCUCCGGCGGCCAGCAAGCCCCCGCCGGCCCAGAACGGGGCCGCGCGCAGCAACGGCGAGGCGGGAGGGGCGCAGCGGCAGGCGGUCAACCCGGACUGCCCCAAUGCCGUCAACCCCUUCCACCGCUGCGCCGAGUACUGCCCCGUCCCGGCCCCCGCCCCCGCCGCGGUGAAGACCUUUCCGCUGCCGCCGGGGACGGGCCAAGAACUGGCCCAGAACGGGAGGACACAUAGCGACGGCGACCUGCAGCCCAGGCCGCGCCGCCGCGAAAGGGCCGGCGGCUCCGGGGGCCUCCCCCUCUACGUCUUCCUGCGCGAGGGCUCGGACGGCGAAGGCAAGAAGGUGGACCCGCGGUGCCCCAACAAGGCGAACCCGUUCCACGUCUGCACCGACCACUGCCUCGACAAGAUAAUCGACGCCGGCCGAUCGUCGGAGGGCGGCAAGUCCCCGAUAUCCCUCUUCUCCCGCCGCUCCGGCCGCUCCACGUCCUCGUCAGAAGAUGGCAGUGUCAAGUCCGGGAGCAGCAAGAAGUCCGAUGCCAAGUGCCCGAAUGCUGGCAAUCCGUUUCAUGAAUGUGGAGAGCACUGUACCGCCAAGAUUAAGGAGGCGGAGAAGCUGAAGAAAACCGAUAAGAAGUCACCGCGGGGCAAAGGUGGGAAGAGUAUUUCACCGGUGCAGAAUUGGAAGGUGGAUCCGAGGUGCCCAAAUGCGGGCAACCCAUUCCAUAUAUGUGCCCAGUACUGCUUCGACCAUUUGAAUGAAGCAGCACCUACAGCUCCAAGCAAGCCAGACUUGAAAAAGGGAAAGGCUGUCAUGAAAGCGGAGCCAACAAGAGAAAUCAAUCCUGAUUGUGCCAAUGCAUCCAAUCCCUACCAUAAGUGUGGCGAAUAUUGCAAAAGAAAUGGCAACAGAUAGACAAGGCUGUCAAGACGCCGUUUCUCCUCUGGACAGAUGAUGGUGAAAAAUAAGUAAUUUUCUCAUGACAGUAGCCUUGUAAGUUGCACUAGUAGCUGUGUUUCGGUCGGCUCAUUUUGUAGUGUGGCUGCCUGCAGUGGCACCCUGACUUUGCUGUAUUUGCAUGUAUACUUCUAUAUAUACUCUCCGUGGUCGUAUCAGAGAGUUGCGUAUGUAGAGGCCAGCGUAUUGUAUUACCUGAAGCUUGUAAAAAUAGAGAGGUCUGUAUUCUUUUGUAAAGCAUUACUACCAUUUUAGUGGUUUGUUUUCCUUUACAA